AUGUGGACAGCACACAUUGCCAGUCCAGUGAGGGGAGCUCUUUCCCACGUCCGUGUGCUUGACCUGUCCCGAGUACUCGCUGGCCCGUGGGCGACACAGACUCUGGCGGACUUCGGGGCCGACGUGAUCAAGGUCGAGCGGCCGCAGCAGGGCGACGACACUCGAGGCUGGGCUGAGUCAUGGGGCGUGAGUGGUCCACACAAACAGGACAAGGAAGGCAACAACACCAAGCAAUCGGCCUACUUCCUAUCGGCCAACCGCGGCAAACGGGCCAUCACGUGCGACAUCACGCGACCUGAGGGCCAAGAGCUCAUCCGACAGCUGGCAGCCAAGUGCGACGUGGUCGUGGAAAACUUCAAGGCGGGCGGGCUGGCCAAGUACGGCCUCGACUACGCGUCGCUCAAGCAGACCGGGCCGCGCAAGGAUCAGGCCGGCUACGAUUUUCUUCUGCAGGGCAUGUCCGGCCUUAUGUCGAUCACCGGCGACCCGCAGGGACACCCCAUGAAGGUCGGCGUAGCGAUCGUCGACAUCAUGACGGGCCUCUACGCCACGUCCUCCAUUUUGGCCGCCCUGCUCGAGCGCGACGCUCAGUCGGAGGGGAAGCGCGAGGGGCAGCACAUCGACCUCAGCCUGUUCGACGUUUCCGUGGCCUUCCUGGCCAACCAGGCCAGCAACUACCUGGUGUCGGGCAAGGCCCCGCAGCGCAUGGGCAACUACCACCCCAACAUUGCGCCGUAUCAGUCAUUUGAGGCAUCGGACGGCUACUUCAUACUGGCGGUGGGGAACGACUCGCAGUUCGCCAAGUUCUGCGCGACUGCUGGCAAACCCGAACUGGCCGCCGACCCUCGAUUCAUCACCAAUGCCAAGCGAGUAGAGAACAGGAAGGCACUCGAGUCCGAGAUCACGGAGCUCACCAAGCGGCGAACGCAGCAGGACUGGAUCGGAGCACUCAAAGAGGUGGGCGUGCCCUGCGGACAAGUCAACGACAUCGCCCAGGCAUUUUCCGAUCCUCAGCUCCACCACCGCAACAUGUUCCUUCAUCUUGACCAUCCCGCUUCUGGUGCGGAUGCGCCGGUGCCGCUGAUGAACAGCCCUAUCCACAUGUCCCGCACGCCGCCGGAAUGCCGCCUGCCCCCGCCCGCGCUCGGCGAACACACUGACGAAGUGCUGCGCGAGCUCCUCAGCAUGAGAGACGCUCAGAUCCAAGCGCUACGCGACCGCUCUGUGCUAUGA